AUGCACGCCCCGACACUCCUUCUCGCUUCGCUUCUCGCGACGGCCGCCGCUGCCACCAACAACUCGGUCAUCCUUCCCAACGACGAGCACACGCUCCAGUACACGCGGGUCGCGUUCGAGAACCUCCCGACGUGCGCGUCCAACACGUGGGACAUUGCCGGGCCGCAGUACGACACGUACUCGCGCUGCACGACCAAGCCGGACGUGAUCCUCGGCAUCAACGUCUUUCGCUGCCGCAAGUACGCGGCGACAGCCAAGACGAUCGGUAGCGACAACGUGUACAACUGCGACGAGUGCUUCUACGGGUACCGCCGCAUCGGCCCAGGUGGCCCGCAGGAGAUUGAGCCGCUCACGCUCGACGGCUACAAGGCGCAUAACCUCACCGAGCUCCGCGGGUACUUUGUGCCGCAGAUCAUUCGUGAUCGUGACAACCUCCGCUCGUGCUUUCUCACCGAAGGCAAGAACCUCGGCGACCUUUGCGCGUCGAUCGAGCGCGACUCGUUUGGCCAGGCCGAUGGCGCCGACGCCACGUGCAUUCUCAAGGAGCCGCUGGGCUGCGGUGAAGGCAGCGUCACGUCGCUUCCGUUCGCCGCCAAGCUGCAGGACGACGACAACUGCCACGCGUAUGCGAUUGAAAAUCGACAGGUUGUCUGCACGGCGCGCGCCUAA